CUACGGAGUACGGAGUACCAGAUCUCAUAUAUGCGACCGCUACGUUGGUAUUCUAGCAGCAUAGGAUUGAUACCUUAAUAAUUAGUCCCAGUUGGCUAAGUUAAUAAUGUUGAUCAUUAGAUUGCUUUUAGAUUGGAUUAUCCUGGGAUCUUGGCCCAAGGGACGGGCAGGGUACAGAGUAAUCGGAAUACAGGUAUUGGUAAUGGACGUGGUAUUAACCGGUAACGAAGAGUGGAUCGGCCCGUUGACCAGUUCUGUCUGCCCUGGGCCUGUCAUCGAGCCCGAUCGGCAGCCCAGAUACAAGACAGAAGACGACUGUCAGAUAGUUAGUUAACUUAAGUUAGUCUGUCCUCAAGGUUCUCUUCGUUCCCCGGCACUGCCAAUCUUGGGAAAAUCCCGCCAUUCCCGCGACGGGACAGUCGGCUCCUUAUCUGCCCU